AAACGUUUCGCUCGAAGGCGAGAGAGUCCAUGGAAACUACAGACGAAGGUUGACUCGACCUUUCUCUCUCUAUCUCUCCUCCCUCCCUCCACGCGUGAAGAAGACAGUCGCGGUUUCUCUCUCUACAAGACGUGCGGACCCGACGUGCCGGCCCCAAUCGGAUUGGCUCUCCGACAACGCCGCGCGCGCCUGCUCCCCCGGUCCGACCUCCAAUCCCCUCCGGCGACGAAGCAUCCCCGGGAGCCUCCGAUCGGUCCGCGGCGCGGGAUGAAUCUGCACCCGGCCAGGAUCGCGGAGCCGAAGAAGGCGGCUGCGGCUGCGGCGGCGGCGGCGGCUGCGGCGAAGGCGGCGGGGGCGGGGGAGGAGCCGCGGGAGGGGCGCGUGGAGGACGCGCUGUCGAUGCCGAUACUCCUGUCGGAGCGGGUCCGCGCGGCGGCCGAGGAGGCCGAGUCGUUCAAGCUCGAGUGCGGCGAGGUCGGGAAGCAGGCGGAGCGGCUCUCGCAGAUGCUCCGGAACCUGGCCCGGUUCGCGACCUCGAGGGCGCCGCAGCUGGUCUACGAGCGGCCCCUCCGGCGCGUCGCCGCCGAGGUCGCCAGGAGCCUCGAGCGGGCCCUGGGCCUCGCCCGCAAGUGUAAGCGCCAAAACCUAAUUCGCCGCUUGGUCACGAUCACUAGCGUCCAGGAUUUUAGGAAGGUGCUGAGCCUGCUAGAGGCCUCUGUUGGGGAUAUGAAGUGGUUGUUGAGCGUUUUCGAGACUGAUGCGCCCGGCGGCGGCGGGAUUGUGCUCUCUUUGCCGCCGAUCGCGAGUAACGAUCCGAUUCUGGCUUGGGUUUGGUCCUAUAUUGCUUCUGUUUACAUGGGGGAAUUGCAGGACCGAAUCGAGGCUGCCAAUGAAUUGGGUUCGCUUGCGAAGGAUAAUGAUCGAAACAAGAAGAUUAUUGUGGAGGAAGGAGGGGUUCCUCCUCUGUUGAGGCUCUUGAAGGAGGCUGCGGCCCCGGAAGCACAGAUUGCCGCGGCGGUCGUGCUUUUCUACCUGGCCAAUGAUCAAGAGAGAGUCAGGGUCAUUGUGGGCGAUCUCGGCAUUCCUGUCAUCGUGAAGGUCCUCAGGGAUGCGCCUAUGCAGGUGCAGAUACAUGUGGCGCGGCUGGUUGCGAGGAUGGCAGAGUUUGACCCCAUCGCUCAGGAUGAUUUCGCAAGGGAGAAUGCCAUUAGCCCUCUGGUGUCAAUGCUGUCAUUCGAGACAUUUAUGGAGGAUGAUAUGAAAGUUCAUGCGGGUAAGCAAAGUAUACAUUCGAUCAUUCAAAUGAACAAGGGUAAAUUUACUUUGGCGAAAUCCAACAGCCAUCUCCCUCAGUCGAGCUCUCAUUCACACUCGUUAUCUGAUGGGCUUAAUAGAUUGGGGGGUCACAGGAAGGAAAGAGAGAGCGAGACGCCGGAGAUUAAGCUUGAACUGAAGUGUAGUUGCUCAAAGGCUUUGUGGAUGCUUGCAAAGGGGAAUGUUGCCAAUAGUAGGAGGAUAACUGAGACAAAAGGAUUGCUUUGUUUGGCAAAGUUGGUCGAGAAAGAGCGUGACACAUUGCAGUGCAAUUGUCUGAUGACAUUGAUGGAGAUAACUGCAGCUGCUGAACUGAACAGUGAUCUUAGGCGUGCUGCUUUUAAGACGAGUUCGCCAGCUGCUAAGGCUGUUGUGGAUCAGCUUUUGAGGAUUGUCAGGGAAAUAGACCGCCUAUCAUUGCAAAUUCCUGCCAUAAGGUCCAUUGGUUCAUUGGCCAGGACAUUUCCAGCAAGAGAAACCAGAGUAAUACAGCCGCUAGUAACCCUACUGAGCCACAGAGACGAAGAUGUGGCUAACGAAGCUGCCAUUUCCCUGGUGAAGUUUGCUUGUCCUGAUAAUUAUCUCCACACAACACAUUCAAAGGCAAUAGUUGAGUUCAGUGCAGUCCCUCCUCUCAUAAAACUUUUGAGGGACAAUGAACGAGCUCAGUUGAAUGCACUGAUCCUCCUCUGCUACCUCGCGAUACAUGCUGGAGAUAAUGAGGCUCUAGAAAGAGCUAGGGUCUUGAUUGCACUUGAGGGAGUAGAUCGUUCCAUAACUGCACAGAAUCAUGAACUGAGGGAGUUAAUUUCCAAGGCCGUGUACCAAAUCAAGAUGUAUUAUGGUGAUAUCCAUUCUCAUCGCAUACAAUCAUACUUGCCCUGAAGAGCUGUGUUCCAUGUUUUUUCAUUAGUGUGUCACCUGGAAAAAAUACAUUUGAUUUAUAAGCACAGAUAGGUUAGGGGUUUUAGGUCAUAAUUGUAAAAAUCGAUCAUCAAAUACACAUUUGCAGUAUAGUGGAUUGAAAUUUAAAAGACAAUUUUCAUGCCUUUACGGUUGCUUUUAUCUGAUGGAAUUUGGAUGUUUGCA